AUGCUGCUGUAUACUCGGCUUGCUCCGCCAAAAGUGCCAAAGCGCCGUUCUAGAGCCGGGUGCAAUUAUUGCAAAGAAAAGAAGAAGAAGUGCGAUGAAAUCAGGCCCAUAUGCAGCCGCUGUCAAGACCACGGCCAGAGCUGUGUAUAUGAGCCCAUCAAGCCUCGCCAGCGCCGCAGGCUAGACUCUUUCGGCGAUUCAUCCUUGACCGAAAUAUCGACGGCCUUGGAGCACCAUACGUUAUCUCGAGCUGCUCAAAAACGGCUGAGCUUGGGGCAAUGGGAGGCCCCUCUUUGGUGCUCUGACAUUGGAUUUGAUGACAACUUUGCGCUGGACGAAGACAUGCAACAACCUGCUUCGGCAGCCGACUGCAACCAAGAUGUCUUGGAUGAAAUAUUCACGUCAUGGGCCGCCGAUACCAGAGCGCAGGAUGCCUGCCUAGACGCCGAUGUGUUUGACUUUAUCACACCCAAUGACCCUCUGAAGCAAGAAGGCGACGAUGAUGACGACAGCAACCACAACCCUCCCAUCGAUGAAACGGCCUCUUCCGAUACUGCCUCACAAAACACAUCUCUCGCCGUGGUUGGCCCUGUGUCGGUUCCAUCUCCUACUAUAGAGUUCAUCAUACCUGCCUUUGCCGAAUUCUCCGAUCAGGCUAACAGGCGAGCGUUGAUUGACCACUUCACCAAUGUUUUGUCACAUCUCAUCGUUUUGCGCGAAGACGAGGGCAACCCAUUCCAACGGCUUGUUUUGCCACUAUCUCAGAAGAGCACGGCGGUCUCAAACUCCAUCUUUGCCCUGGCUUCAGCCCAUCUGGAGCACCGAGGUGUACACAACAGCGAGCGGAGCGUUUAUUUCCACAACAAAGCGAUCAAUGGAUUAGCUGCUCUGAUAGCAAAGGGAUGUGAUGCGAAUAGAAAUGAGCUGUUGGCCGCCAUCAUCCUCUUGAUAUACUACGAAGUGCUGGUUCAACGUGGACGUUCAAAUAUUGUCGAUGGCCACUUAAAGGGAGCCAUGGCGAUCAUGGGCAGCACCCAAGCGUUGGCUGACCCAACCGCCGUUUUCUUGGAACGGGCAUUCCGAUUCUAUGAUGUGAUAACAGCGUUAUCAUUCAACUCUACACCUAUUCUACCUACGCCGGACUGUGAAAAUUUCGCCCCGUUCCCCUCAGUUGACUGUCGCGGCGCUACUGUGCCUGCAGGGAACGUCGACACGCUACUGGGAAUGGCCACUUCUCUAUGGCCCAUCAUCUACCGGCUCUCUACUCUAGGUGGCCUGAAACGGCAGCUCCUCGAAGCCGAGCUCAGGGGUGAUGAUUCAGAGACGGCAAAGCUCCGAAUGGAGUUUGAGACUACGGCUUCUGCGGUGGAGUUUGCUCUGCAAGAAUGGGUGCCUUCCCCAGACGAACCCUUGCCCAAGGAUACAGAUAAUCCCAUCAUGGCUGGGGUGCCUGCGAAAAAGCAAAUGGAGAGCAUUUUGAAUAGCGCCAUGGCGUAUCGACACUCCGGGUUCGUCUACCUUUACCGUACCAUCUACGGCUGUUCUCGGCGCCAUACCGUCGUACAACGCCACACUCACAUUAGUCUCACCCAUUGUAUGGAAACAGUGAGGAAUAAAGGUCCCAUGGGGGCUUUGCUCUGGCCGCUGUUUGUGGCAUCGUGUGAAGCCAUUGAUGCAGACGACCGAGAGCUCUCCAGGCAGACAUUUGCGGCUAUAAACCAGCGACAAGGCAUGACUAAUAUCGAGCGAGCAAGAUGCAUAGUGGAAGAGGUCUGGAGACGAGCAGACAGCGGCGAAGAUGCCGAGGAUGACGAGGAUGAGAUUGUGCACAUUGCCAAGCAAAAGAAUGAUUUGUGGAGAAGAGUCAGCCAAGACAUGGGCGUAACGGUUGUCUUUGGUUAG